ACCAACAUGGCCGAUCUCUGAGUUUACAAAGAGAAACUGAGGUGUAAAUAAACUCUUCGUGCACAAAUUACAGGAUUUAUCACCUUAAUCUUUAAAUGAAUUAAUGAGAGAUCGCUCAGAAGACAAAUUAUGGCCAGCGACGGCAAACAGUUUUGGAAGAGAAAUACAGCUAAGGUUCCUGGAAAUAUUCAGCAUGUUUAUGGAGCCCAGCAUCCGCCAUUUGACCCUCUUCUACAUGCCAGCUUGAUGAAAGCAGGAAACAGACCUCCCCCCACCGGCACACCAGGAAAGCCAAAGAAAGCCACCACCUUCCAAGAGUUUGAGAGUAUCACUAGUGAUGCCUGGGAUGUUGCAGACGAUGAUGAUGAACUUCUUGCAAUGGCAGCUCAGAACCUCAACAUUGAGGUUGUCAUGGAGACGGCCAAUAAGGUGAUAGAGAACCACAGCAAGCUGCAGGAGCAGAGACAGCAGCAGAUGGACAAGAUCACUGAGCCUGAUGAGAAAGAUGGAGAGGAAGCGCUAGAGGAAGAGGUGGAAGAGCUAGAGGAAGAGAGAGAGGAAGUGGCAGAGAUGACAACAGAUCUGUCGUUCACUUCAGAUUUUCUACGGCACAGUGACAACAGACUGGUGAAGUCGCACAGCGAGGCAACUGUCGGCUCCCCUAAAGAGGUGGGCGGCGAGCAAGCAGGACUCUACAGACAGCAGUCGCUGCCGCACAGACCCGUCAUUCCACUGGUGGCGCGUAUGGCAGAUCAGAACACAUCUGGAACGCCAGCCAUGACCGAGAGAGAGGCGUCACGACUCGACAAGUUCAAACAGGUUCUGGCUGGCCCGAAUACUGAUCUGGAGGAGCUUCGGAAGUUGAGCUGGUCUGGAAUUCCUCGGCAAGUUCGGCCUAUCACGUGGAAGCUGCUCACAGGGUACCUGCCUGCCAAUGCCGAGCGCAGAGAAAGUACACUGCAGAGGAAGAGACAAGAAUACUUUGGCUUUAUAGAGCAGUACUAUGACUCCCGCAAUGACGAACACCACCAGGACACAUACAGACAGAUUCACAUUGACAUUCCGAGAACUAAUCCUCUUAUACCUCUCUUUCAACAAGCUUCUGUGCAAGAGAUCUUUGAACGGAUUCUGUUCAUCUGGGCGAUUAGGCAUCCGGCCAGCGGUUAUGUCCAGGGCAUCAAUGACCUUGUCACACCCUUCUUCGUUGUUUACAUUUUUGAGUAUAUUGAGGAAGAGGUAGAAAAUUUCAAUGUUGCCAGCUUGCAGGAAGAGGUGUUGCGGAACAUAGAGGCUGACAGCUUCUGGUGCAUGAGCAAGCUCUUGGAUGGAAUUCAGGACAACUACACCUUUGCCCAGCCAGGGAUCCAGAGGAAAGUCAAGGCAUUGGAGGAGCUGGUUAGCCGGAUUGAUGAGAUGGUACAUCGCCACAUGCAGCAGUAUGAGGUUGAGUAUUUGCAGUUUGCCUUCCGCUGGAUGAACAACCUGCUUAUGAGAGAAUUGCCUCUACGCUGUACGAUUCGCCUAUGGGACACUUACCAGGCGGAGCCAGAAGGAUUCUCUCAUUUCCAUCUCUAUGUGUGUGCCGCCUUCCUGGUCCGAUGGCGGAAAGAUAUAUUGGGGGAGAAGGAUUUCCAGGGCCUGAUGAUUUUGCUCCAGAACCUACCCACAAUGCACUGGGGCAAUGAAGAAGUGAGUGUUCUACUGGCUGAAGCCUACAGACUUAAGUUUGCAUUUGCCGAUGCCCCCAACCAUUACAAAAGAUGAGGCUCCGCUAAAUGCAACUACUUACUAUGAUCACCCCAACCAGCCUUGGUGACGUUAUUGGUUGCGUGAUAAUAUUAAACAAAUACCAUGAGAUUUUUUAAGGAUAUGGAACUGUGUACAUUGGUCCGCAACUGUUCCUGAAAAUUUUCUGCAACACUCCCAAUGCCAGGAGUCACUGGAAGUCAAAUUCUUGUGCUCUUAAAAUACACUAAUCUGUUUUAUAUGGUUUUCUUCAAUUUAAUUCCAAACCUCUUUUAAAAACGUUUACAAGAUAGAGUUUUUCAUGCACUGAUUCUGCAGAUAAAUUUAUUUAAACAAAUAGGUGCCCCAUCAACACUGAGCAGUUGCCACAGCAACAACGGGAUGGACACUGGCCCAACUGAUUCAAGGCAAUAACAUUACUGAGACAAGAUGGUUUAUAAACUCUCGCAGUAUGACCUUUUGGCUAAAACGUCUUCGAACACUUAUUUUAACCUUGGUCUACCUCAGGAAUCAGCUAGUAGUCAUAGGAUGAUGAUUUUGUCUCUGUAUUAGAACUAUGUCCAUGGUAGAAUUUGGAAUGGAGUCAAUAAAAUCAGCAUUUCUUUGGCAACUAGAGUUUUGUGAGUUGAGGAGAAUGUAAACUGAAGAGCUGAUUAAAUUUCUGCUCUCUCAGUUGCUCACAGGACUGUCAGUUUGAUGUCCAAUUUUGAUAUUGAUUUAAUAAUCCAUACUGACUGUUGUCAUUAAUAGACAUGCUUGGGGAUAUCAAGUACAGAUUUUUGAAAUUUUUUCAGUAUUUGAACUGUGCUUCAAUCUGCUUCAAUCAUGUCAUCGAGCUUUUAAAUGUGUGUGCCAGUCCUUAUAACUAAAUAUAAGUGAAACUGCACUUGAUAAGAUUCUGUUUCCCCCCUUCUGUACAAGAUAUAUUAUAUGAAUCAGUUUUAUUAUCCUAUUUUUUUUCUUUUAUGUUACUGUUUACAUGAGCCAGUUAAUUUGUGCCUAACUCUACAGAUCAAUGAUAUUUAUCACAGAUAUUUAUUUUACUUUCAUGAUAAUUAAGGAACAUUUGCCAUCACUCCCAUUGUGUUUUACAUAAACAAUUCUGCAGCUAUACUGGUCACCAUUAGCUUUUAGAUGGAUGGUAUCAAAUUUACUGUAACUGACGCUCAGUGCCUGGACACAUGGGCGUUACAGUACAAGCCAUGCAGUGCUGGUGAAUUUUUUUGUAUACCGAACUACAGUAUGUGACUUGGUUUUUUGACUUCAACCUACAGAAAUGUCUGGAUGGAUUUGAAAAGAAGAGGGUGAAAUGUUCUGAAAUGUUCUUGAAUAAAAUAUUAAAUAAUUUUGAAUUAAAUAGCUGUGUACAGAAUUAUGUUUUCAAAGAUGUGUAAAUAAAAAAAAAUGUAAAUA